AUGACAUCUCGACAACCGAUUGAACUCAUCGUUCUAGAAAAUUCGUCAAAUAAUAAUGGGCGGAGCGCACGAAGAAUUCAUUUGCAUGUGGAGAAUAUGAGGGAGUCCAAACUUUGUGCUGGAGAUCACAUUAUCGUUAAGAGAAACAUCGACGAAGAUGAGACAGUCAAUGAGACCAUCACAGAGAUGAUCGCGGCUGGAAUCGCUUGGCCAUCAUUCACAAUUCAAAAAAACCAUGUACAAUUGAAUAAUGUCCAACGGAAAAAUGCCGGUCUUCAAAUUGGGGACGUCGCCUUGGUUUCUCGAAUCGAUGUUGCCAUUGUUGGCGCAUCAAAAAUUGUGUUGGAGCCACUCGAAAUAAAGUUUCCGAUCGAUCAGAUGUUGAAUAUAUACAUGAAAGAAAUCCUAAGUAAGGUGAAGGGAAAUUUCGUUGAAUUUCAGUAUCAUGGACAAGUCGGGAGUUUUCGUGUUGUUAAUAUCACUCCAAUGAAAGAUUUCGACAUUGAUCUUGCAAAAUCCGAAGAAAAUCUUUUUCCAGUUAUUCGAGAUACGACUGUCGUCAUCUUACCAAAAAAAUUAGCGAAAGAUGACGUACAAAGCAAAAGUGUCUCUAAAGUCGGUUAUGAUAAUAUCGGAGGGUUAUCUGAACAAAUUCGGAUUGUUUGUGAAAUGGUGGAAAGCGCUUUAAAGAAUCCCAAAUCAUUUACUCAAUUUGGACUAAGACCACCGAGGGGUAUACUUCUUUAUGGACCUCCGGGGACGGGUAAAACAUUGAUAGCACGCGCGGUCGCUUCAGAAACAGGUGCCUAUGUGAUCUGUGUGAACGGACCAGAGAUUUCGAGCAAAUUUUAUGGAGAAACGGAAGCAAAGCUAAGGGACUUAUUCCAUGAAGCUUCGGAGAAUGCCCCAUCAAUUAUUUUUAUUGACGAAAUAGAUGCGUUAUGUCCAAAGCGUGAUGAAGUCGGUAAUGAAUUAGGGAAACGCGUCGUCGCAACUCUUUUGACAUUGAUGGAUGGCAUCGCUAAUAAAAAUAGUGAUAUAGAAGAUCGUGUAGUGAUCAUAGGGGCAACAAAUCGACAAAAUGCAUUAGACGAAGCAUUGAGAAGGCCUGGGAGGUUUGACCGCGAGAUAGAAAUCGGCAAUUCCACUUCGAGAUUCUCGAUAUUGUCAACACUAUUAAGAAAUAUACCACACAACCUUUCGUCCGAAGAAAUUAAUGGAUUAGCAGCUAAAUCACAUGGUUAUGUCGGUGCCGAUUUAGCAGCAGUUUGCCGGGAGGCUGGAUUAAAAGCAAUAAAGAGAGCUAUCGAAGAAAAACGUGAACAAAACAUCAGAAUUACCAUAAAUGACAUGAACGAUGCGAUGGGAGAAAUUAGACCUAGCGCCAUGAGGGAGGCAAUUUAUUGGUCGGACAUAGGUGGCCAGCAAGAGAUAAAACAAAAACUAAAGGAGUCGAUUGAAUGGCCAUUGAAGCAUCCCGAGAAGUUUUCCAAGUUUGGUAUACGACCGCCAAAAGGAAUCUUAUUAUAUGGACCUCCAGGUUGCAGUAAAACUCUAAUGGCCAAAGCUCUCUCCACUGAGGCGGGAUUGAAUUUUAUUGCUGUUAAAGGACCAGAGCUUUUCAGUAAAUGGGUUGGUGAAUCGGAGAAAGCGGUUCGUGAAGUAUUCCGCAAAGCACGCGCUGCCUCUCCAUCGAUUAUAUUUUUUGAUGAAAUAGAUGCCCUCACCAUCAAACGUGGAAUUGGUGGUGAAGGUGGAACUUCAGUAGUGGAACGUGUUUUAUCACAACUGUUAAACGAAUUAGAUGGAAUCGAAUCAUUGGUGAACGUGACUGUCGACAACGCUUUGAUGAGGCCCGGCCGCAUUGACAGGAUAUUAUAUGUGGGUCCCCCAGAUUUGAUGUCCAGGAGAGAAAUUUUCAGCAUUCAAUUGAAAAAAAUGUCAUGUGGAUUGGACGUUGAUGCCGAAGAAUUUGCCUCCAUGACUGAUGGGUAUUCUGGUGCUGAAGUAGUGGCGGUGUGCCAAGAGGCGGCUAUGUGCGCGAUGGAUGAAGAUCUUGAUGCCAAAGAGGUAAGGCGAGAUCAUUUUCUCAAGGCUUUGUCAUCUUUUACGCGUCGGAUUACUCCAGAGAUGAUUGAGUUUUACGAAAAUUUUCGCAAAAAGUCUGGGCUAAAAAGUGUCUAG